UGUCAGCACUUGGCUUCAGCAGGCUUCAGCCCGUACCCUCACCAACGUCUUCGACCCGCAUACCCGCAGAGAUCCAGCAACAUGCCUCGCGCAGAAGUCGGCACGCCAAAGUACCUGGCCAACAAGAUGAAGUCCAAAGGGCUUCAGCGGUUGCGCUGGUACUGCCAAGUGUGCCAGAAGCAAUGUCGCGACGAGAACGGCUUCAAAUGUCACGCUCAAUCGGAGUCACAUCUACGGCAGAUGCUCGUCGUGGGCGAGAGCGCCGGACGGCACAUUGCCGACUUCUCAUCCCAGUUCCAGUACGACUUCGUACAACUACUGUCUCGCCGCUUCGGAACGAAGCGUGUCAAGGCCAACACCGUCUACCAGGAGGUCAUUCAGGACAAAGGUCACCUCCACAUGAAUGCGACACGAUGGGUCACGUUGACGGAGUUCGUCAAGCAUCUUGGCCGCACAGGAGUUGCGAGGGUAGAUGAGACGGAGAAGGGCUGGUUCAUUGCAUGGAUUGACAAUAGCCCGAAGGCAUUGGCUAAACAGGAGGCAUCACUCAAGAAGGAGCGCAUGACUAUGUCCGAUGAGCAGCGCGAACGGAUGCUUCUCAGCGAGCAGAUCGAACGCGCGGCAGUAUCGGCUCCGUCAGAGUCCUCGCCUCCACUCGUAGAAGAGGGGCUCAAACGUGAUGAAAGCACGGAGAAGGUUGUCUUGUCCUUGGCACCGAAGGCCACAGCUGCCUCUACUUCGACUACAGGGCCUUCAGGGGGGUUGAAGAUCAACCCCCUGAAGCCAUCCACGAAUCCGCUCAAGCCUGCCGUCAACCCUUUGAAGCGGCCAAAUGUGUUCAAAGCGGCAGCUGCGUCCUCGGCGACCGGCUCAGCAUCGGCAAAUACCGAAAAGACCAAUAGCAAGAAGAGGGAGGCGCCGAUGACUACAGCGGAGAGGUUGAUCUUCGAGGAGCAGGCGCGUAAACGGAGACGUAUGGAGCAAGAAGCUGUGGCGUAGGCUUGUAGGUUUCUAUGCGUUAGGCGCCCGGCGUUCGGUACGACUAUUGUUCCACUCGAGUCUUUGUGUUUAAUUGUACAAUAUUGUUCUAACAGUGCUUUGAGCCUCGUGCCAUUGA